AUGUGUUUAAAAUAAAACGUAUGGAUUCGUGUACAAAUUUAUUGUGGUUAAACGAUUGUCUUGAUUUUUUUAUUUAAAAAUGCCUUUAAUAUUAAUGGUUGGUUUUCCAAGUAGUGGAAAAACAACUAGAGCUCGUGAAAUUCAAAAAUACUUUGCAGAAAAUCAGCAGAGAAAUGUAGUACUAAUAUCUGAUAAUGAAAUUAUUUCUCAAAUGAACAUAGACAAAAAUGCAUUAUUUUUAGAAAUGAAAAAAGAAAAAGAACUUCGAUCAAAAUUGCAUUCUGAUGCCUUGAAGAGUUUGACAAAAGAAAAUGUUGUAAUAUUAGAUUCUGGAAAUUUCAUUAAAGGGUUUAGGUAUGAAUUGUACUGUUCUUCUAAGAGUUUAAGCACACCUAAAUGUUUAGUUGUUUGUGACAUUUCACCUACUAGAGCUUGGGAGCUAAAUGAAAGCAGAGCGGAAAAUGAAAAAUAUAUUAGAAAAACAUUUGAUGAUCUUGUUAUGAGAUAUGAAGAACCAAAUCAUUCAAAUAGAUGGGAUUCACCCUUGAUAAAUUUACAAUUAGAUGAUACACUGCCUGCUGAAGACAUCCGAAAAGCAAUUUUUGAAGUUGCUGCUCCCACUCCUAAUCAAUCAACAAUAAAUGCUCCUUUAAAUUCAAGUUCAUAUUUAUAUGAUUUAGAUAAAAAAACACAAGAAGUAAUUAAUUCAAUAAUACAGUUAAAAAAACAAGGUGUUGAAGGAGAAAACAUUGAACUAACAGAUUAUGAAGGGAAAUAUUUGACCAAGUUGGAUAAGAAUGUUUCAAUGUUGCAGCUUGUCAAGUCUAGGAAACAAUUUUUAUCAUAUGCUAAAAGUCAUGCAUCAACCACUAACGACCAAUCAAAUAUAGUUACUAUGUUUAUACAGUUUCUGAAUAAUACUGUUACAUGUUGAACAACAUGAAAAGUAUUUAUUAUUUUUACUAAUGUGUAACUAUUAUUCUAAUAUUAAUGUUAUUAAUUAAUUAAUAAUGUUAU